AGAGAGAGAGAGAGAGCAUGCCAUGAGUGACAUGAUUGCCUUCUCUCUCCUCCUUAUUAUAGGGUCUUUGUUGGAAAGCCUUCGGAUUGAAGGCACAAAUUUCAAUCAUGGAAGAGGAGGUAUAAUCAUCUCCCUGUAAUUGCAGACAAGUGCAAAAGCUAGCUAGCUAUCUAGCUUCAUACAAAUACUUAACAAGGGUGAGAAAGAAAAAGACUGUCUAGAGAGAGAAAGAGAGAUGUGUCAUAUGCUCCCCUUGUCUUUAAUUUCAGAGCUGCAGAAAGUUCUUCCUCAAAAGAAAGAACUGAUCUAGAGAGAGAGAGAGAGAGAGAGCGGGGGAGGAGAUAGAGAGACAGAGACCCUUUGCUUCACUUCAAAAGAGAGAUUUUGAAAGAGGAAAGUUAGUGAGAGUAGAGGAAAGUUAUGUGCACAUACCUGAAAUUAUUUCUUUUGAGCCAGUAGAGUUCUUUGAGACUCCACAGCCCUAGCUUUCUCAUCUUGGGACUAUCAAACUCUCAAGCAACCUUUUCUUUCUGUGAUCCCCUACUUUCUUUUUUUCUCGUAAAAAGAGAUUAUUAUCAUGAUGGAGUCUUCAAAUCUCAAUCUAGAUCUCCAUCACCAAGAAGACUUCCAUGGCUCAUCUUCCUCCUUAGCACUCCAAGGGUGGAACCAAGAUCUCAUGUUAAAUAGUGCUGAAUUCCCUCAUGGAGCUCUCCCAAGCUCAAGAAACUUCAUGAGAACGACAAACAAUGGCAUGCCAAUGGUCCAAGAACUUGGGUUUCAGUGGACCCCAUCCGGUCAUGAUCAAGGUUACAUGAUGAACACGAACCAGUCACCAUGUUCUUCCUCCUCCUCUCACCAAACCCUAGGGUUUCCAAUACCGAAGAAUAAUAUAAAAGAAGAGUUAUCGAUAGCGAGCACUAUCAAUCUCCAUGACUAUAGCUUGAUGCCUUUUCAUGGAAGCUUUAGUAAUGUGUUUCCAAGUGAGAAUGUUUCGGGUUCAGUUUUGCAAUCUUUCUGCCCAAAUCCAUUAGGCAUGGACCUUCACGCUCUGGAUCUCUUGGCUUCGGCUAGAUUUGGAAGAACAAUGUCUCAGCCUUUAUUUGACGGUUAUGGACUUGGACAGUUGCAAGAACAAGCUCAAGCACAAGUUUCUACUAGCUAUCACAAGGCUCCACAUUCUGUAAGUGGAGUUACAGAAGCAAAGAGAAGCAACAGUUUGGAUGGAGGAACAUCACAACCAGCUUCAUUAACAAAGAAACCUCGCCCCCCCCCCCCCCCCAAAAAAAAAAAAAGAAAAAUGAUAUACAACUGA